UUUAUUUUGUAUCAUUUACAUUGUUUUAAAUAAAAUUAACGUGGUAUUAUAGUUUAAUGACAGUUAUUUUUUUACGGGAUAAAAGGUAAUAUUUGGAAAAUAAAGUUUUAGGAUUUUGGUGAGCUUGGAUGUCGGCGCCGACCUUGAUUGAAUUUUUUCGUAAAUGUAAGAGGUAAGCAUGACUAGAAGAUAAAAACUGGUUUUAUUUAACAUUGGCAACGUAAUUAGAGAACAAAAAUAUGCACAAAGCCGCGCAAGGAAAUGGCUCAGAAGAUUGUGCCUUUGUAAAGAAUGUUGCUUGGUGAAAGAAAGACAGAGGGUCGUGGCAAUGCAUUUGUAUUUCCGACGAGCUCAAGAACAAGAAGAAGCCGAUAGAGGUACUGCUCGUGAUCGUUCCGGAGAGGACCUCAGUGGCGCCGUGCGGGAGCAGAUGCUCUACGAGUCGCUGCUGGCGAUGAGGCGGGUGUUCCCCGUCGGAGACGAAGCGGUGCCUCUGCUCCUGUGCAUCCUGAAGCACUCGCGCUCCCUGCAGGAAGCCUCCUGGAAGAUCAUCCAAAGUACACAGUCUCUGAUAUCCAACGGAUCCAAAGGUUUUGAGUCGCACAUCAAAGGCGAUCGCAGGUAACUGUGCUUGGAACUGGACGUAAGAAAUAUCUAGAAAUGCGCUGGUCUGUUAAUGCACUUCAACUGCAGUUUUUUUUUUAUUUUUUAGUCUGUCUCGCAUAAGCCUUCUUUGUUUUGAUGUUUGUGUGUGUGAAAGAUAGUUUGAAAUAUUGCUCUUGCUAUGGCCUUGUCACAGGAAGCUUUUUUUUUUAAUUAAAAAAAAAGCUUUAAAGUCUGGCUAAUGACAUACUGGAGCAUAACAAUUUCCUCCCAAAUUACUAUCACUGAGGAAUUUCCAUGACUUUUUCACGGAUAUAAAGUAAAAUCUCUGACUUUCCACAAUGUGAACAUCUUGUGUUUAUAUUGAUAAUUGAUGCAGCUGUGUUUGUCAGCAUGUCACUCGAUGCUGCUGCACAAACUUGUGUCCGUCCUACAGCGUGUGGCCUGCCGCGCUAAAGCUGGAGUCAUGAUGCCACAACAGACACAACGACGUGACUUCCGUUUAGAUGCCGUACGUCGUUCCAGCACGACAGGGUCACAAUACAAUGACAAACUCUAAUAUGGCUGUCGGCAAAACUUCCCAUGCCUACUACGUCCAUAAAAAUAGUAUAAAAUGCGCAAAAAAAAGUGUAGGCCCUGCAGAAAAUUUUUUUUUUUCCCUGUUGACAGUUGAGGUUGACCAUAUGAAGCGGUCAUAAAAAAAUAACAGUCAUCUCUGGCAGGUAGUAAGAUUAAGUUUAUUUGAAUUACAAGAAAGCAAGCUAUAUAUAUGUUGAUAAGGGACAAAAAUAUUAAAUCUUGACUGAAUGUACGUAGAAUAAUGCUUACCAUAUAUGCGAUAAUAUACUUUUACACAACAGUUAAAGGCACACUACAACUAUGCAAGUGUACCCACACCUAAAACAAAAUUUCAUUUUUCAGCAUGAAGGUUACAAAGUAGGUAAAUAUUUUUUUAAAUUUAGUUUUGUAAGGUUUCCAUUUUGCUUUCCUGUGUGCGGCAUGACGUAACGAAAUUACGUCUUGCGGGCCGUCAGGGCGUGUGUUACGUCGUGUCAGUAGUGGCAUCGUGACUCCAGCUUCAUACUUAGUUGCUUGUUUUAGUAGAGUUGCAGUCCGCUCUGCUGCACCACGAAACUCUUGCUUCUUGACUGAGGUUCCCAGAGUCAUGCAUGAAGCAUCUAAUACUGCCACUUGCUUCGCUCAUACAUUUCAGCCCUACAGUCUUUGCCCCAAACUGCCCUUUGUAGUCGCAUCAAAACUUGGAAAACUUAGGUGAGGGACUGUAUACAUGUGUGUUUAGGUUUACAAGUCAUUCUUAGAAGCAAUAACAUAUGGUGGGAUUGCUUUGUGGGGGAGGGUUUGCGUGCCUGCAUUAUCACUAUGUAAUGAAACUAUUGUUUGCAUCCUUUGUGAUAUAUUGUGGGAUGUUCAAUUAUUAUUAUCUUUUUUCUUCAUUUUUUCAAGAAGUCAUAUUUUAAUUUUGUAACAGUGGCCAGGUGUAUUGGAUUAUACUAUGUAUCAGAUCUGAUAUGGACCUAACUUUCGCGUGUGCGCUUUUAUUGUUCUGUGAUAAAGCUGAAAAUGUUAGAUUUUUAAUAACACAACAUAUUGUGUAACUAUUUAGCUGUGUGUCUCAUAGAGAGACAAAUUGUGGAUGUGUAAAUAAAACCAUUUGUACUUCUGUAAUUAGUAUCAAACAAUGUGUAGGAUUAAGUAAGAUUCUGUUUAAUUUAACCAUUGCUAUAAAACUGGUAUUUAGAUAUUUGAGGUAAAAUAACUUCCAUGUUUUUACCAUUGCAUCUCAAUAUUCAAUGUUCGAAGAGGGUUAUUCACAUUUGUAAAAAUUAUUAUUAAGCCCAGCAGCAAACAGUGACUUGUCCCAUCUCCGUUCUGCAUUGGAGAGGUAUUUUCUUUCUCUGCUGAGUGUGCCAGACCCUUGUCAUUAAUGAUUUUGUUAAAAACAUAAUUUAGAUGCAAAAAUGCAGAUUUGCAAUAGUUUAGCCUAACAAUAUCGGUGCUAGAAAACAAGAGUAUGGUAAAAAAAAAUGCUGUCAGAAAUACACAAAAGAAAGUAUGUAAAUAAGUUAUAUUUUCAAAAGAAUAUUUGUCUAUACAUAUUUUUGCCAUCCAUUUUAAGACAAAGCUUUGGGAAGGUCUUGAGGAUCCUGGAACAUGUACUUAAUUUGAAAACAAACUUUUUGUUGAAUCUUCAUUUAUGUGCCCCAUUAAUAUCUACUAUUGUUAGCAUUCGAAGAUAACAUUUAAAACCCGAGAUUUUCAAGUAUGUAUUGUUGAUGUGUAAACAUCUUAUUACUCAGUAUACAUCAUUUGGUAGGAAUAAUUUUGUGAAAAGGCAAUAGAAAUCAGUGAAUGGAAAUGUGACACAAAUAUGGCAAACCUACGUGUAGCAACAUAAAACUGUAUAGGCGUAUGGUCACUUUCGUAAAAAUUACGGUACAUACCAAAUGUAAUGGUGUGUUAAAUGAAACUUCAUGAUAGUGAAACUACUCUGGAAUAUGUGGUAAACUAAAAUAUUCAUAGUAAAAUAUAAUCUCAAGUUUAUAAACAUAGUAGUUUAAGCAAAGUCAAAUAUACAAACACAUACUUAGUGUAAUGUGUUAUAAAAUGUUUAUGGUAAGUAUAUCUUCUCAUGUGUGCGGAAACUUUUUAGUAUUAACUGUUUAAUGAAUUUUAAUAUGAUGGGCAGUAUUUUAGUAAAACUCCUUGUUGGACUGCAACUUUUAGUUUGGAAAAAAAAUACCUAAAUGACAGCGCCACAUUCACAAUGCUUUAGAGAACCAACAAAACGUUAAAUAUCUUUGAUGCCGUGUUCGUCCCAACACAAUUUUGUUGGCUUAUGAAUUAUAGGUAUAUUUAAAGUUGCUAUUAUAUUUUAUGACUAUUCAAGUAUACAUAAUGUAUUCCAGGAUAGUUUCACUACCAUAAAGUUUACUUUGGCAAAUUAAUACGCUUAGUUGCCCCCCCACCUCUCCGCAUGUUCAAGAAAGUUGAUAUAUACAGGUGCAUGUUGCACCGCCUGGGUCCACCAUCUUGAUGACUUCAGCUUGCGGCUAUAGCAGUUUCUGCACGGAUGCACAUUGGACUUUUAUUCUGUCAAAUUUCCGAUUUGCAAAGCAUGCGUUUUUCAUUGCAUUUCUAAUGCAUACUAUAAUUUCACCCCCAACGUGCCUAAAGAAGUAUAACCUCAAACACACAGGCCGUGAUAAUUCCGGUCUAGGGGGAAAUGUGACAGGUUCAGCGUUGAGGCGUUUUCAUGCGAUUCAUUCGGUACUCCUGUUUGGCCAGCUCUGAGAAAUCAAUAGUACCAUCUUGUUAAACACAGGUUUUAAAAAAAAGGAAACCAUUUUACAGUUUUUUCCUGAGAUGAAUACUGUUUGUAUAUUUAGCACACACUGCAUUAUUUAAAAAAAAAAAAAAAAUUCUACAUUUAAUUUGGUGUCUGUGUUUUGUAUUAUAAGAUAUUUGCAACAUGAGAACACGUGAUUCUUGUUACCGGGGUUAUAUGUUUACACAUCACUAGCAAGUAUUGAAAAAACAUGUUCACAUUAAUUUUUAAUUAGGUACGCAGUCUUGUCAUGAAAUUAAGAAUAUGUGCUGGUAGAAUGUUAAGUAUGUGGUGAAAGUUAAUUUAUUGUACUGCUCUAAAACCAUUAUGCACUAGGAUGUUCAUUUUCUAUUUGUUUAAAAUUGUGUCAUUUUACAUUGUGUGUGGUCUUUUUAACCAGCUUACAUCAGAUCUGUGCUAACUUAAAAUAAUAAUAGAAAUCACGUGUUUUGUGUGAAAAUUUUAUAUACUCAUCUUUGGUAAUGGAUUGUUGAUUGUAUAACUUUUAUGCAGAAAUAAAAUUUUGUGUAUAAUUUU